AAAGUGUAUCUAACCCAAAUAGAAACUAUCAGAUUUUCUCCGUUUCUCUCUCUCUCUCUCUCUCUCUCUCUUUCUCUUUGUUUUCUGUCUCUGCCUCAGACUCGGUUCUCAAAAAGAUGCAUAGAUCUUCAAGUGGUUCAAGGGUCUCCGAUGAUGGCUUCGUUGUGACCUCCUCUUCUUCUUCAUCAUUAACUUCACAAUCUUCAACUUUUAAAGCAAACCCAGAUAACACUGAUGAGCCCCUACCCACAUACAAUCCUCUCUCCCAUGCCGCCAAGAGAGAACGCUCUCGUCUCAGAUUCGCUGAGAACGCUAUCCACUUCAUACCUCUCGUGCUUGUGCUCUGCGCCAUCAUCCUCUGGUUCUUCUCCAAAUCAGGACCAAGCUUAUGAGGAUGAGGAGAGGAUCAAUGGCAAUAUUAGCGGUAACAAUACAAAGAGAAGCUUACCUCCACACUUAGAGUUGAGGGGACUUUGAUUAAGAAUACAAUACAUACUAAAAAGACACAUUUACAAGCAGGACAAGAAGAACAAGUAGUGGGGGGUCUCUCUUACCUUGAAGAGAGACCAAUAUAUGUGAAAAUGAGAUGAUAUACCAUUUUCUUUUCUUUGUUGAAAGCGAAGAUAUGCAAUCUUACUUUCUUUUUUUAUUUUUUGAGAAUUUGCAGGUCUUAGUAUGUUAUAAAUGUUGUAUUCAAAUUAUUGUCAUACUUGAUCUGAAGAAAAUUACAUUACAUGUGCUUCUGUUUGGUUAAUGCAUAUUUUUAUUGGUA